AUGGCUUCCGGGAUCGCCAGCAUGUCCUCCUCUCUUGCGGUGCUCCUCCUCGGCGUGCUGCUGCUCUCCCGCAGCAGCGUCGGCAACGCGGCGCGGCACCUGGAGGAGGCGGAGUACCCACCGGUACCCAAGCCGGACGUGCCGCCACCGUUGCCUGUACCGGAGGUGCUGCCGAAGCCGGGGCUGCCACCGCUGCCCACACCUGAGGAGCAGCCCAAUCCGGAGCUGCCGCCGUUGCCCACACCGGACGUGUUGCCAGAGCCGCCGUUGCCCGCACCCGACGUGCUGCCGAAGCCGGGGCUGCCCACACCUAACGUGCAGCCCAAACCGGAGUUGCCGCCGUUGCCCAAACCGGAGGUGCCCAAACCUGACGUGGAACCGAAGCCAGAGCUGCCACCCGUGCCCAAGGGUGAGGAGCCACCGAAGACGGAGCUGCCGCCGCCGCCAACAGGUGGGAUCCCACCAAAGCCGGUUUCGCCGCCUCUUCCUACAGGUGAGCUUCCGCCCAAGCCGGAGCCCGAGCGGCUGCCCAAGACAGACGAGCCAUCGAAGCCAGAGCAGCCUCCACUUCCGACCGGUGAGAUUCCACCGAAGCCAGAGGUCGAGCUGCCACCCAAGACAGAGGAGCCACCGAAGCCGGAGCUGCCGCCGCCUCCGACCGGUGACCUUCCACCGAAGCCGGACGUCGGGCUGCCACUGAAGCCAGACCUGCCGCCGCUCCCUACCAGUGAGCUUCCACCGACGGCGCAGCCGCCACUGCCGAAUCCCGCGGAACCAAAACCAUGA